UCGUUGCGCGACUGGGCUGUCCGAUCAAAUCAUCUGUCCCUCGCCAAUCCCCUGUUCGAUUAAUGCGCCCUUAGCCUAAGGGCUUCGUCUUCUUAUAAUAAUCUUUAGGGCUAUGCCCGCGGUCGUCGAGGAUAUAAUACCAACCAACAAUUCAGAAGGCACAGUCAUGGAACCAUCAACUGCGGACAAGAAGCGCAAUAAGCUUGGAUAUCAUCGCACCUCUGUCGCAUGCGUACAUUGCCGGCGACGAAAGAUCCGAUGCCUUGUUGCAAAUGACGACCCUCAAGGACGAUGCGAAAACUGUAUCAGACUACGAAAGGAAUGCCAGUUCUUCCCCGUUGACCAGCAACCUCCGAUUGAGAAGAAAUCCCGCCCCAGUUCUCGCUUGGAAACCGCAUCGACGGACCCAUCCACUGCCUCCUCUUCGCCUCCGAAUGUGACUGGGGUGGAACAAACCGAGCCAUUCUAUCCUUAUCAACCCAUGCCAUUGGGUUCCAAUCCAGAUGUGGGAGCUUUCAAUGCAGCCACCUUUUCUGGGAAUCCAAUGGCACCAUUUCCUCCAGAUCGCAAUGUUGGUGCUGAAUUUGUGCCGCCUCCUUCAAUCGAUCCCUCGGUGCCGUGGGACGAGUACACGACCAUCUCAGACCCGCAAUUAUUAGCGACAAUGUCGGCGGGGAAAGCGAUGAUGAACAUGCCCACGAACGUGUGGGGUCCGACACCCAACCCCAUGGCGCCAAUGCCAACCACCGCGCCCCUACCAGGGACGCCUACCGUUCCCUCGCAGUCACAAGGCCUAACACAGGCACCCACGUAUGCCAUGCAGCCAGACGGAACUGUCUGGCAAGUUCCCACGCAGCGGUCGAUGACAUUCUCCGCCCAACCUGCGGAAAUGGCGAUGGCGUAUGCGAACCAAGGUCCAUUCAUGCAGCCAUCGCCUGCAGAACUUAAGAGGAGAAUGACCAGUCCAGCUCAGUCGUUUCCCGGAACUCCUAUCAACCCCCAGAGUCCACCAGCAGCAGAUCUACAGGCGGUUUCCGUAUCAUACCCAGGACAGCCAGCAGCCAUGGGCUUCAACAACUGGCAGGAUAUGAACAGCAUGUCCCCUAUGGGCAUGGUCCAGUAUCCGAUGUACACGAACGAUCCGGCCCAGCAAGCAGGCUUUGGCAGUCCGCCGCCAAUGGGCCACCCGGGCCACGGACAUUCCCCCCAGUCAUGAGCUGAAGGGGGGAGAUGACGAGCAUUUCGAAAAAAAAAGCAUCAACGGAUCUGUUAAUAAUAAAUACCCCGUGCUACGUCUUUCAUCCUUUUCGUUUCUUUCCCAUAUCAUUCCAUCCAUGCAUAUACCUUUACUUUACCAGCUGGACAUUAGCGGGCGCAGAGGAUCUUGGGCGGUAUCUUUAUCCUUUGUUUCUUCCAUGAGACCCGAUCCCUCUUGAUUGAGGUGUCAUCCUUUUACGUGCGCGAUUCCAGGGGCGAGAUUAGAUUCUCUUCGCUCCUCGUUCUUUUCCUUCGCCAUUUCUUUUCUCCUCCUGUUUCUAUUAGCUUUGGAUAUCCACGGCGGGGUUCACGAGCUACGCAUCCAGCCACCAGCGGGACAGGUGU